AUGAAAAAAUUUCCCCUCAGAAGAAAGAGACCUAACUUGGCAAAUACCAAUAUCAAGUGUUACCAGUACCGGAACGCCACAAAGAAUGGAAACAGAGAUACGUACGUGUUGGAUAAAAAGAAAAAGGUGGAAGAGAGGGUUAAAUUGAUGACCAACACCAAGUACAAUGAAAUGGUCGCCAUGUUCAGAGGCAGAAACGAAAUCAGAGGAGUGAACAAAAGCAAAAACACCCAUUACUGUAAUUUUGCAAAAGCAGAUAUUUUAACCUUCGCAAAGAAAGACAUAGAACGACUGAAAAAAAAUAAAUUUAAGUAUCUUCCCAUAGGAGGAAACAGAAAACACCACAUUAAAAAAUUUCUGACAGACUGCAUUUUUACGAACAAGGUUAAGCAGUUAGUGAGCACAGCGAAGAGACACAUUCAUAGAGCUAGUCUCUAUCAUCUUUUUCUUCUUCUUAAGUUAAGUACAGAUUUUAAAAAUUGCGAAAUUUUCAAGCUUAAUGCGUUAGAGGCUUUUACGAACAAGGUGGAGUUACUUGGGUGGCGCCAGAAGAAACGAUAUUUGGGGAAGGACGACAGGUCCAUUGUUCUCACCUACCAACGUAUUUUGGACAACAAGUUUUUUGCUAAUGCACAGGGGGCCUCGGAAAAGCCCCCCACGCAGGAUGUGUACUUGUUCGAUGUGGUCAGUUUUGUGAAUGAAGUCGUCCAGGGGAGAGCGUCAGAGGCAUCUCCCCCCAGUAACGACAUCGAAACAGUGGCGUUCUCCCCCCCCAGUAACGAUGUCGCAACAGUGAGAUCCCCCCCCGACAGGAGUGAAUCCCCUUGUCCGGAGAGAAGGCACCCGCAUAGGCCCGGCAGCUGGGCGCAUCAAGGGGGGAGAAGCGAUCCGAAGAGACGGCGAGGCGAACACAAGGGAAAAAAGGGGGAUAACGGAAACCACGUAACACCAAGGGACGAAGUUUACAAGGACGAAAUAAAAUAUUUUUCCUACAAUCACAGGACGAAUCAUUUGGGAGUGUACAAGGAAAUUUUUGAAAAAUCUGAUCAGUAUAAAUGUUUAAAAUUUUACGAAAAUGCAAAAAAAAAAAUUGCAGCGCGGGAGGAGGGGAAUUCUCCGCAAUAUCUGCUAAACAGUAAGUUGAGAAGAAGCCUCCUUAACCGCCCCAGUGUGGCAGAUAGCAACGCUGAAGAGAGCAACGCCCAACACAGCAACGUUCAACACAGCAACGUUCAACACAGUAACGUUCAACACAGUAACGUUGUCCAAAGCAACGUUGUACAGAGCAGCGGUGAAGGCCCGGGCCAGUCGGGAGGGGUCGCCCCCAGUAACACGUUAAGUCGAUACACACUGAAGGAGUCGGUGCUAAACGCAUUCCUCCAAGUGUGUGCAAAUAAUUACGACGACAGGAUGUACAAAUAUAUGAAGACUGUGUACUUCACCAAUUUUUAUGUCUACAAUCCUCUAUUCCUGUUUCAAUAUUUCAGUCACAUCCCAGCAAGCGAAAAUAAAUUCUUCGAAUUAUACUUAAGUGAAUUUCUCAAAUUCUUAAACAACAUCAUUGUGCAUUUUCACUUUUAUUUAAUUCCCUUUUUUACCAAUUUGAAUUACUCCACAUUUUUUCUGAACUUUUUAAAAGAAAAAAUGUUACACUGUGAACGGGAUGAGGAAAGGAAUGUGCACAUAUAUAGAAGAUCAAGUAACCAUCAAUUCCUGAAGGAAAAGUUUUCUUACACUUACAAAGGUUAUCAUCACAAUAGGGAAAAAGACCUGGCCUUCAUUUUUUUUCUUUUUUAUGAAAUUUUCCGGACUGACAGCUUCGUGGAAAAGUACCGGCAAAUUUAUUUGGACAAUUUUUACCUGUACAGUUCAGAAAAACAGGAAAAGAAACAACCCUUCAGUAUUUUUUUUAAUUUUUUAAAUUACAGAAGUAUUUUUAACAAAUAUGAAGAUGAACUGAAAAAGGUGCAGAUUGAGAGGACACAUUUUUAUAAGCCACUUGUGGCGGUUACGAAGAGGAUGAUAAGGGAACACAGCUCUAUGAAAUCCCCAACAAAUGGGGAGGAAGAAGAAGCUACCCCCCCUGGGGGAAACACACAUGUGGUAGAUAAUUCUGUUGGUGGUGAGUGCUUAACCCGUGUGGUGGGUCGUCGCACUGCCACACGCGGGAAGUUGGCCCCCAAUUUUCCGUUGAGAAGGCGGGAAUUCCUGCGUGGUAUGCAGAGGGCCCAUGAGGAGUUCGUCGCCUCGCUAAGGGCAAUAACCAACGGGGGGGAAUUAAACCAAAUUAACCAAAUUAACCAAAUUAACCAAAUUAACAAAAUUAACACAACUGACAGAAUUAACAAAACUAACACAACUGACAAAACUGACAGAGCUGACAAAUUUGUUGACAAUGAAACAAGUGAGAGGAAUAGACAGAGCGGAGAGAGCACCUGCCGACAAAUCCUCCAGUUCCAAGAUGCCAAUCUGAAGCACAACGCUAUUUCAGUCCGCAAGAGAGAAGUGUUCAAUAUGAUCCUGCAUCUGAACAAACACAACAUGACGCAAAGUGCAAACUACCUAAACCAAUUUUGCUUUUUUCUCUUAAACGAAUUUUGCGAGAAGGAUAUAGUUACCAUCUUUGCUAACCAUCUCAAGUACAACGGAAACGACCACGAUCUGUUGUUAGUUAAUAAAAUAAUUAACAUUUUAAUUUACAAAAAAAAGAAUGUUUCUCUCAGUAACAACAUUAUCAUCUGUAACAGUCUAGCCAAGUAUCAGCUCUUUAACAAUAAUUUUUUUUCGUUGGACAAAAGUAACUUUUUCGAUGAGGUGACUGAUGCGAACAUUCACUCGCUUGUUGCGUUGCUUUACUCCUGGGGAAAACUCAAAGUGAGAAAUAUCGACCCCCUUUUUUACGUGCGUGUCGUUAAAGAAAUUAUUAAAAAGGUAGAUAAGAUUAAUGAGUAUGGCUUGUCCUGCUUGCUGUAUGGACUGAACAACCUCAUAGAUAGGAGGAAGGUGUCCAUAAUGGCAGCCCCGGAAGGAAGUUCUGAACAGGGAAAUAUUAUCGAUCACGAUAAUCGCAUCGAAUCAUGCAACCGCGUGGAACGUUCUCCCGUGGAACGUUCACCCGUGGAACGUUCUCCCGUGGAACGUUCACCCGUGGAACGUUCACCCCGUGGAAGCAUGCCUCCCCAAAGCGACAUUCAAACUGCAUCACUCGAAAACGAACUGAUAAGAGCAAUAGUCAACAAACUAAUCAUCUUCAAAAACAUGAACAUCAAUUCUUUUUGCAUAUCAAUUUCUUGUCUCUCCAAAAUAAAUAUUUUCCCCAAAGAAUUAUAUGAAGAAGUAAAAACAGUUACAUAUAAAUAUAUGCACAGCGUAAAUGUGACAUCACUGCAGCAUCUCCUUCUAGCUCUCUCCAAAUUCUACAUGAAAAAUAAACGAAGUGAAACCACCGAUGAGCUAAUAUUUGAUAUUUUCAAUUUUCUCUUCACAUAUAAAUAUAAUGAUAUAUCUUUUAAGUGUGCAUGUAAAUUUUUGCACAUUUUGAGCUUACUGAAUUUGCGGGAUGAAGACUUCAUUUUGCUUCUUCUGUUGGUUAUUUCGAAUGAACAGAAGAUUUUGACUGAUGCCCAUGGAGGGAGGAAUGUCUCUUCUUGGGAGAAAAAUGCCCUUAAUGGUGAGGCCCCUCAGAGGGGGGGAGUCAACAGGGCCCACUCAGCCAAUCUGGACACACGCAAUUCAUUUAGCGGAGGAACUCAGCUUAAUUAUCGGCACUAUGGAGCAACAAGCACCCACCACACGAAGGAAUUACCCACCCUGAAUAGCGACCCCUCGGUGAAGCGAACAAACCAGAGUUGCAAAUACAAAGGCUCCCUAUUCAUCAAAGGGUUAAGUGCACUGAAGGAGGACGAUUAUUUUAAAAGUUCCUAUAGUGCGUAUCCAUUUUUUGACGUCAAAAAUUACAAGUUCGAUUUGAACAAAGUUUUGUUAAUUUUUAAGAAUGCCGAUAGUAGCUACCUGGUCAACGUGUUGGAGAGUUUGUACAGUUUGUCCUACUACUCCUACUUUUCAAUUCACCUGACCGUGGUCAUAAAAAAUAUUAUGAUAAAGCAAAUCCACGAUUUGAAGGUGUCCAGCAUAAUGGCUCUGCUUUUUUCUUAUGUGGAUUUACACUUCUUUGACCAUUCACUGUAUGAUAUAGAAUUGAAUUUAUUUUUAAGUGAAGACAAUAAUGGCACUGUUCCUGCCAUUGAGGAGGGAGCCGCCCAAUGGAAUGAUGAGCAGACUUUACUCUUGGAGCAUCCCGUGGUGGACACGAUUGAGAAGGGCGCCUCAGAAGGGAUAGACGAAAAUGAAAAGCUGAUUCUCAAAAAAAGGAACCAACUCUCACUCAGUGAUGAAGGAAACAGCGAUGCCCUGAGAGAACAGCUCCACAGCCUGUACAACCACAUGCGCUGUAACUUCAAAAUGAUGAACGAGCAGGAAAGGAUGCUUUACAUUGAGAAACUUAAACUGGUCAUGUGUGAAAUGAAGAAGAAGAGAAAAUAUUUUGUAGACAAUAUUUACAAUGAAAAUAACACGCCAAGUGUUGAAUACAUACUGUCCAUGAUUUACGACUAUAAUGAAAUGGAGAAGGAGAACUGCAGAAUGCCGGAGGGGGGAAAACUCCUCUCCGAGAUGAAAAGAGAACAACACGGGGGAGGCAAUACGAAUAUGGGUACAGGUAUAUAUAAGGACAACACCCCCAUGGCAACGCGCAAAAAGGAUGGCGCACUAGACAAUGUCCUGAAGGAGAAACACUUCGAACAGAUCAAAAACAUCGUGGACCAAUUUAGCUCGGUGAAGAAAUUCCACUUGAAGGACAAAACGCUAAAGGAAAAAUUACAAAAAAAAGAGUACUACGAUGAUUUCUUCUUUUUGAAAUAUAGAGAAUAUUACAAAGAAGACCUCAUCAGUUUAUGCCUAGAAACGAUGCUAAAAAAUGUGACUUACAUUUUGAACAAUUAUAAGCAGUACAAAAACUGCAGUACUUUUUUCCUCCUCCUUUUUUGCGACAUUUUCCUGCCAUACACGAAGAGCGAUAUUUUUUUCUACUUCAAGUGCAUUCAGAGGAGUUAUGACAGUGAGGAUGGAAAUCACAACAAAAAUGGAGAUGAUAACAAAUGGCAGAAACAGUUCCAGCAUAUUUUGGAAAACAUAGAGCUAUCCCACUUUACUGCAGACAUGAUCAGAAACGUUAUUAAUGCGAAGAAUGCCUCUCACAUGGUCAUCCCCUAUUUGGACAUAUUACAACACAACAAUAACUUCCUUAACAGAGCUGUAUGUGUGAGUGGUAAGAACGAAGAAGGGGCGCAUUGCGUAGAGGAACUUCAAAAUGUUAGCGAAAAGCAACAUAACAAUUCGGAGGGAGUAAGCCACAAAGAAUAUGGGUCACAUGGAGACAUCGCACAGGAGUACCAACACUUCAUAAACUCGUAUGACUCCACUUAUAGGCCAAAAAAGAUCGAGCUUGAAAAUAUCGUCCCCUUAAACUUAUUGUACAAAUUUUUCCAACUAUUCAACUUUAACAUUAAUAACGUUCAACUGAUGUACCUUCUAAACGAAGUGAUUAAAGAAAACGAGUCAAACGAGUUUGUCGGAAAUGACAACACAAUCCAAUUUAGCAAGAAUGAAAUUUCGCCUGACCAGUUCAGAAAGGUUUCCUACCCCCACAUACAAAUAAGAAAUAAAACCUUAAUUGUUCAUAAAAAUUCGAAAAAAGUUUUUUUUAAAAAUUUCAACAUCAUAGAUCAUUACUUUAAGCCAUCAAGAGGUAUGCUUAUACAAAUAUUGGACAAUGGCAUUCAUAAGGCAGUUUCGAUUUAUGUGGAUGUGUACGUUGUUGCCUAUAAGGUGGAUAUCGUGAUUGAGCGAGACGCGGUGUUGCGUCAGUAG